AUGGAAUUUCAGCCGCCUUCUGUUUCGCAAGUUGAACAAAUAAUAGUUCAACUUUAUGAAAGCAUUGAUCCGCAUUUCCAGAAGUCUGCACAAGAAUACAUACAGAACCUUCAAAAGCAGCAGUAUGCUUGGGAUUUGGCUCCUCAGCUAUUAGCCUCCCAGUCAGUUAAUGCCCAAUUUAUUGGAGCUCACAUCUUUCAAGUCAAAAUUUCUAGAGAUUGGUAUGGACUAUUUAUAAAUGAUUUAGAAAUAUGGUGUGAUUUGAAAUGGGUUCGUACAGAACUUCUUGGAUGGAUUGUCCGUCAUUCUAGUGGUUCUAAUAUUGUUGUUACAAAGCUUUGUCUUGCUCUCACUGCUUAUGCACUACAAGCUGUACCGGAUAUUUGGUCAAAUUUUAUACCUGAUUUUUUCGAAAUGUUACAUUCUGGAUUACCGCUCCUAGAAUUUCUUACUGUUGUUCCUGAAGAAGUUUUACGGGCGGAUUUGAUUGGGGAACGAAAGGCUAAAGUUUACCAGGAGCUCACUAAUUCUAUUCCAAGAGUGUUUUCGACAUUACGAUCUUUAUUAUCCGAAUAUUGCGGAAAUCCAGAACAUGAUUUAAUAUUAAAACAAAAAUGCUUACGAUGUCUACAAAGCUGGAUUUUAUAUGGUGUCCCAUUCGAUUCUCUUUUUCUACUUAUCGAUAACGUAAUAAAUCUCUUUUCACAUGAAUCAACUAAUGAUUCGGUAACUGAUGUAUUAGUGGAGUUCAUAUCGCAACCUCGCAUCACAUCGUAUCAGAAUACCGUGUGCGAGAAAAUGCUUUGUUGUAUGACUAGUGAUUGGGCUAAAGCCCAAAUGGUUAAUGAUGCAGAUGAAUCGCUGGCAAAAAAUCUUUGCAGAUUAAUGACAACUUUUGGAGAAAAUUUUUAUAAUUACAUUGCUAUACACUUUUUGCGGCAGGAUGUAAUUGUUUACAUGGAGAUGAUGUUAAUUGAGAUGCCAUUGCAAUUUUGGUAUCUCCUACAAGAAUCCUUAUCUGACCCAGAUAUCAUUCCGGUUAAUAAUAUUGAUAAUGAUGCCGUCAAUGGGGAAGACACGGUUACGUCAACUUCACAUAUUACACCGGAUGAAUCUCAAAAAAUACGAGAAAUGUCAUUGGUUGUGUUUCGAAAAUUAGUUGAGAUUUUAAGAAGUAAAAUUCAAUACCCACCAGACAUAGAAUGGGCUGAAUGGACUAAAGGCAUAUAUAUGAUUAACUAUUUAUUCGUUUCUUUGUUUGCACCGAUAUUAAUAAUACUAACCAAUUCGACAGAUGUGAAAGAACAGUUUAAAAUAUAUAGAAGAAAUGUUGGGGAUACAGUUAUGAACUCAUACUUUGUAUUGCGGGAUCAAAUGUUAGCAUUCUUUGUAGAUCUCGCGAUUACGCAGUUGAACUCACCAGGAAGGAAUCCAAGCCAGUGGCAGGAUUUAGAAUCAACGUUAUUUUGCAUCAAGUCUAUAGCCGAAGCCGUAGAUCAUAACGAAAACGUCUACUUACCUCGUUUGUUUGGUGCAGAAGUGUAUGGAAUGCUACCUUUACAAGGACAUGUUCGGCUGAGGAACACAGCUCUUUCUCUUAUUGGUUCUUAUGCUGAUUGGUUUAAAUCUCAUCCCCAAUAUAUAUUAUCGGCUCUUAAUUAUCUUAUCCCUGCACUAAGUGACGCGGAGUUGGCUCUUUCAGCUGCCACGUCAUUCAAGGAGGUGUGCGACGCAUGUCGUGAUUCAUUAGUCGGUGACAUAGAUAAUCUUGUUAACAUGUAUAUGGUCGUUGGCCCACAUAUUCAACCCAAAGAAAAACAAAAAGUUAUUGAAUCUAUAGCAGAUGUGAUUCAAGCUUUAUCGCCUGACAAAAUGCUGCAACCACUAUUGGUCGUUACGAAUGAUAUUAUACAAACAAUGAGAGAAGCAAACCCUCCUCAAUACCGAGAUGUAAUAAUAACACAACUAGAAUAUCUUACAUGUUGUUGUCGAGGGAUUCAACCACCCGAUGACAAAGUCAUCAUUUUAGAUGAUAAUGAGCAUGAAUUACGGAAUGAAGAAAACUUUUUUGAUCCUAGUUCGGCUGUAGGACUUGCAAAUACUUUAUUAGAAAUUACAAGUAACAUUGCAGAAAUAUGGUAUCACGAUAGUGAGGUUAUAGAAUAUCUUUGUAAAUUUCUCAGUAUUGGAAUUCACACCAAUUCGAGCAUACUUUCCAUCCCUUUUGAGAUGAUUGCACCUUUAAUUCAGAUCUCGUUUCAACGAGAUCAUCAUUCUUAUUGGCUAGAUACAGCAGCUAAAGUGGUGACUAUAUAUGGUUCGAAUAAUAGAUAUGGCACUGCUUUGAGAGACAUGUUGGCUGCUCUUACAUCCACUACUAUACAGCACGUUAGGUGUCAAACCGAUAUGGAACAAUACCCUGAUAUAGUUAACUCUUACUUCUCUGUCCUGACAAAAUAUCUUCAAAAAUGUCCUUUAUUAUUGUAUACUUUGCCCUCUGAUAUGUUCAAGAGUAUUUUGACAUUUUCCGUUGCAGGCUUAGGCUUACAGGAAAGACUUGCGUUGAAGUCUGCAGUGAAUUUUAUGGGAGAAUUUAUUGGACAAAAUUACAAAGAUGAACAAUUCGCAAAAGGAGUAGAGAAUGUUAUGAUGGCGUGUGGAUUAGAGAUAAUGAGAGAAUUACUCCUGGGAAUUGGUGGCAGAUUACCACGGUCUUUUGUUCCCUCCCUUGCCAGCGUUUUACACAAAAUAACAGGACGCUAUAUUGAGGCUAGUAGAGAGUGGUUAAAUAUUUUGUUAUCUCAGGCCCUGAAUACCCUUAUUCUUCAUUCAUAA